CUUAUCCGCCACCCAAAUAAUACCUCCCCUCCCUCACAAAGAGGCUUCGGAUAGAUCGCUUGGAGAGAAGGAGAGAGAAGCGAAGAGGAAGAGAAGAGGAUGGCAGCGUCACUCCAAGCCGCGGCUACGUUGAUGCAACCGGCUAAGGUCGCUGCCACAGGCCGGAACCUGGCCGGGCAGCAACUGAGAACCGGUUCUCACCUCUCCAAGGCCUUCGGCUUCGAGCCCGCAGGAGCCAGGCUCACCUGCUCGCUCCAGUCGGAUCUCCGAGACCUGGCUCAGAAAUGCGCCGACGCCACCAAGCUCGCCGGCUUCGCCCUCGCCACCUCGGCCCUCGUUGUUUCGGGAGCGAACGCAGAGGGAGUGCCCAAGAGGCUGACGUACGAUGAGAUCCAGAGCAAGACAUACAUGGAAGUGAAGGGCACGGGCACCGCCAACCAGUGCCCGACCAUCGAGGGCGGCGUCGACAAUUUCGCCUUCAAGCCCGGAAAGUACCAGAUGAAGAAGCUCUGCCUCGAGCCGACCUCCUUCACCGUCAAAGCCGAGGGUGUCAGCAAGAACUCCCCACCUGAAUUCCAGAAAACGAAGCUCAUGACUCGCCUCACCUACACGCUCGACGAGAUCGAGGGCCCCUUCGAGGUCUCUCCCAGCGGCACGGUCAAUUUCGUGGAGAAGGAUGGCAUCGACUACGCGGCGGUCACCGUCCAGCUCCCGGGUGGCGAGAGAGUGCCAUUCCUGUUUACUGUCAAGCAGCUCGUGGCCUCGGGCAAGCCGGAGAGCUUCGGAGGGCAGUUCUUGGUGCCGAGCUACCGGGGCUCCUCGUUCCUCGACCCCAAGGGGAGGGGAGGGUCUACCGGUUAUGACAAUGCCGUGGCUUUGCCGGCCGGAGGGAGAGGAGAUGAGGAGGAGCUCACCAAGGAGAACAUAAAGAACACGUCGUCGUCGACCGGGACGAUCACGCUGAGCGUGACCAAGAGCAAGCCAGAGUCGGGGGAGGUGAUCGGAGUGUUCGAGAGCAUUCAGCCUUCUGAUACAGAUUUGGGGGCUAAGGUUCCCAAGGAAGUGAAGAUCCAGGGCAUCUGGUACGCCCAGCUCGAGUCGUAGAAGCUUUGCUGCUACUGUCGUUAGAGUCGACUGUAUCCUUCUCUUGGGCUCUUUCGGCUUUGAUUUUUCUUCUGCUUUUUGUUGAAACUGGAUAUAUAUAUAUAUAUAUAUAUAUAUGUAUUGUAAUAAUUUGUCUAAUGGCUAUAAUCAUGUUUCA